AUGGCAUUCAUUUCGUCGCAUUUACCCUUUAUCGGUCAUAAAGCUUAUCGACAAUCGAUUUUGCAAGCGAAUCGACUUCUAGAGGCGAAUAACGCCGGCAAUGAUGAUAAUAAUAAUGAAGCCGAUGAGGAGGAGUUCACUGAGAAAGAGUUGCCGGCAUGGAGAACGUAUGCGAAGAUGAUUUUGCCUCAUGUGGGUCUCAUCUUGCUCUCAUUCGUCUACAUCGUUGGCGGAGCUUUCGCCUUUUAUCACCUCGAAGGGCCAAAUGAGGUAUCGAUCCGUGACUCGAACCUUCGACAGAUCGCGAUCUAUAAAGAGCAAAUGCUGAACGAUAUGUGGAAUCUGGUGAACAGUGACACACCUAAGGCGGUGAUCGAAGCAACCGCGGCUGCACACGUGGACAACGUGACGCGAAUGCUUUUCGACGCCUUUGACACGCAUUUCAUCACAGCAAAGCAUUUAAGAGCGGAAAAUGGAGGCGAGGAUGAGCACAGUUGGACGUACACCACGGCGCUUUUCUUCACCGCGACUCUGCUCACCACCAUUGGCUACGGUAAUUUGGUGCCAGUGACGUUGUGGGGUCGAAUGUUUUGUGUGCUCUACGCACUUUUCGGUGUCCCACUCAUUUUGAUUACUGUAGCUGAUAUUGGAAAGUUUAUGUCUGAGCAAAUCUCGAAGCUUUAUGAGCGUUAUAAGAAGGCCAGAUUGCGGUGGCUCGAGCAAAGCGAUUCAAAACGAGAAUUUCUUUUUCAAGAGAAUCAAAACAAUCAAAACAAUAAUCUAAUGAGUGGAUUGGAGGAAAGCUCAGGAAUCCCAAUGUCUUUGAUCACGAUCAUUCUCCUUGGCUAUAUAGCAAUAGGAGCUGUUUUACUUGGUCUUUGGGAGAAAUGGGAUUUCUUCACCGGUUUCUACUUUACUUUUAUCACAAUGACUACGGUUGGCUUUGGCGAUAUUGUGCCCUUGAACAAGAGUUUCUUUGUCGUUGAUUUACUUUAUAUCAUUAUUGGUUUAGCGAUCACUACAAUGUGCAUCGAUUUGGUCGGCAUUCAGUACAUUCACAAGAUUCAUUAUGUAGGACGAGCAAUGAAGGAUGCUCGUUUUGCGAUCGUGAACGUUGGCGGGAAAAUGGUGCAUGUGCCGGAUAUCAUGAGAUACGCGAGUGUUUUGCAACAGAAAUACGGUAAAAAGCCAGCCGAACAAACGGAUGAGUACGUGAAAGGGAGCUUUAUUCCUCAAGACAUACAUCUAAUCAAAUAUAUCGACUAUACG